AUGCAUGUCGCGUCUUCUCGGUUGUUAGGGUGUGCAGCUAGGGUGUCAGAGUCUCGUGAGGUGCAAGAGGUCACUGGCGAUGACUGGACGUGCAAGGACGUGUACUCCAUGUUUGGGCUCACGCUGAAGGAAUUCGUGGGCAUGAACCCCGUGAGUCCCUCAUUCAUGCACCAUGUGGCACCAUGUUACGUCAAAUCAUAUCAAUUCUGCAUGUCUCUGCCGCUUCUUCACAAUCAUUCACUCACCCCCUUCCUUUCAUUGAAACCAUCUCUCUCUCUCACCCUCUUCCUCUCUCUCACCCCCUCCCUCUCUUGCACCCCUUCACUCUCUCUCACCCCGUCUCUCUCUCUCACCCCGUCUCUCUCGCUCACCCCAUCCCUCUCUCUCACCCCGUCUCUCUCUCUCUCACCCCGUCCCUCUCUCUCACUCCAUCCCUCUCUCUCACUCCCUUCCUCACUCUCAUCCCUUCCCUCUCUCUCACCCCCUCCCUCUCUCUCACCCCUUCCCUCUCUCUCGCCCCCUCCCUCUCUCUCACCCCCUCCCACUUUCACACCCCCUCCCUCUCUCUCGCCCCAUACCUCACUCUCAACCCCUUCCUCACUCUCAACCUAUCACCCCUACCCUCUCACUCACCCUCUCUCUCUCUCACUCUUCCCCUCCCUCUCUCACUCUCCCUCCCCCCCAGGGUAUUGA